AUGCAUCCAGCACCGCCAGCCACAGGCGGCUCCGAAGAUCCGCGCGUCUACCUCGACCGCGUCUCUGGCAACUGGCGCUACGAAGACGAAUCCGGACAAGAAUGGGAAUGGCAAGCUUUCCUACAUCUUUCUCGCCCCACCGUCGACCUCGGCGAAAGCGAAGACGACCCCCCCUCCUCCUCCUCUUCCAACCCCUCUUCUUCAUCAUCAACACAACCCGUAGGGCAUUGGGUCAAGGUCCUCGACGAAGACCUUCUCUCAACCCAACAGGCUGCAUACUCGAUCGCCGGGGUAGACGAAUGCCAACCUUCUCAAGCGGUCCUUCGCAGAAGCAAGAAACGUCCUCCCUCCCCCUCCAACCCCACUUCUACCCCAGCAGAGAGGCUACCACCGAGUAAAAAACCAAAGCCGAUAACAUCACUCUACAUCACGGGUCUACCUCUGGAUGCAACACAGGAGGAGAUCGCACGGGUGUUUUCGCGGUAUGGCGUUUUGUUGGAGGAUGAUGAGGGGAAGCCGAGGGUGAAGAUGUAUUACGAUGAAAGAACGGGGGUGUUUAGGGGAGAAGCACUGGUGGUUUAUUUUAAAGCGGAAAGUGUGGAGUUGGCGAUUAGGAUGUUGGAUGAGACGAGUCUGAGGGGUGCAAUUGGUGGGAGCAACAACGCGGGAGGAGGGCCGGUUAUGAGGGUUCAACGUGCUCAGUUCCCCGCCACCUCCAACAACACAACAUCAAGCGCCACCGCUGAAAAGCAGGAAGAAAGCACAAAUGGAAAAGAUGAAGGGCCGUCUACAACACGCCAACGUAGAAACCUAACUGAUCAAGAACGUAAAAACAUCGCCAAGAGAGUAGCUAAACUGGAAAAUAAACUUUCAGAUUGGAGAGACGACGAUCCACUCUCGCGCUCCUCUGUUCCCCUUGCGACCACCUCGCCUUCCACCCGGGCAGCGAAAGGCCGAACAGUAGUCUUGACCAAAAUGUUCACACUGCACGAGCUCGAUUCGGACCCGACGCUCCUCCUUGACCUGAAAGAAGACGUGCGCGACGAGUGCACCGCGAAGAUCGGCGGAGUGACCAACGUCGUACUGUGGGACAAAGAACCCGCAGGGAUCAUGACGGUCAGAUUCCAAACCGAACAGCAGGCCGAGGCGUGCGUAAAGAUGAUGAAAGCCAGGUAUUUCGCACAAAGAAGCAUCGAUGCCUGGCUCGCCGACGCUACGCCGAGCUUUAAGAAGAGCCGCAAUGACGGCGCCGCCGACGACGAGGCGAGUGAUGCCGAGCAAAAUGAGGCCAAGGCGCAGGAGAGCAGAAGAAAGCAUGCUUUCGGGGCGUGGUUGGAGGAAGCGUAG